UAGCGUGGAUUCAAGUAGGGUUGAAUGGUUGAUCACGUUCAUUGUCACGUAUCACAAACUUUAUGAGCUACUUUUUCGCAUUUAUAAUAAUCUAAUUGGUAAUUGAAGUUGAAACUCGCAAAAGUUAAGGCUUGAUGUUCAUACAAAAAACUCACGUGUAGUGUGUGGUCUUGGUUAAUAGAGAGAAACCAAGGAGAAAAACCAAAGAGAAAAGUAUCGAUCCACUUCACAAGAUAUAUGUAUAUAUGUAGUCAAUAACAACAAACUAUAUUGACAAGUAAUAUUAAUCAACUCUUCUACAUAAAUUAGGAUAUAAUAUUUUAUGUAUCUUCAUGCUUCAAACAUAUGUUCACUUUCCCAAUUUUCUAGUUUAAAAUUGUUCAACAACCACUAGAAUAAGAAGACCAAUCUUCUUUUAUUUUUGAAGGCGGCAGAUAAUUUUAUCUGUGAUAACCUUCUUUUAUGGCCAAUGAAGAUAAUCAUGACGUCCAAAUCAAGUAAGAUGUAUUCAAAAGAUUUUUAAGUUACUCUUCCGAACAAGUCAACAGUUCCAAAUCAAAACGAAAAAACAAGUAAUUUGUGUUACACAAUCACAACCUUUUUGAAUCAGUUUUUUUUUAAAAAAAGAAGAAGUGAGAAGUCUCUUUUUAAAUAUAAUUCCAAAACUAAAUUAUUAAAUGUUGGAGUUGGGGUCAAAUCUACAAUCUCCUAGAGAAGGAAUUUAAAAAUUUAUUCUAAUAGUAUUUUACUUAAAAAAAUGGAUAUAUAUUGACAAAAUAAACUCGAGAAACAAAGAGAAGAGACGAAAGUCACAGUAGACCAAUGCAAUACACUUUUAGCCGGCCGAGUCAGCAGACUUAUUUGACGCAUCGUGUUUUUUGUCCCCAACAUUUUUCACUAGCGAUUUCCUUAAACACGUCACUAACCAACAUAUUAAGCACUCCUCUUCAAACAGAAGAACCUCUUCUGUUUCCACCCUUUCCCUCCCCCCGUCGUUCCUGCCAAAACCAAAGCCAUGCUCUCCCCCACCUCCCUCCUCCUCCAACUCCUACUAACAGCCGCGGCCGCCACCUCCGCCUCCGCAUUUCCCGACCUGCCGCCGCCGCCCUUCGUCAACCCGUGGCUUUCCUUCCAAAACCUCUCUGGCUGCCACAUGGGCGACGAGCGCCCCGGCCUCGCCGACCUCAAGGACUACCUCAGCCACUUCGGCUACCUCCCCUCCCCUCCUCCCUUUUCCAACUUCUCCGACUCCUUCGACGAAGAGCUCGAUGCCGCCAUCCGAACAUACCAGCGCAACUUCGGCCUCAACGUCACCGGCACACUCGACCCAUCCACCGUCGAUCAGAUGAUCACACCGCGGUGCGGUGUCGCAGAUGUGAUAAACGGCACGUCCACCAUGAACUCUUCGUUCACCCGCGGCCGCAAUCUCUUUGCGUACUUCGCGGGGAAUCCAACAUGGCCGCCGCUUAAGCGGGACCUCAAGUAUGCGCUUACCGCCACGUCGAACACCGCCAUCGAUAAGGCCACUCUCUCUGCAGUAUUUGCGCGCGCCUUUGCCCGAUGGUCUGCGGCGACGACGCUGACGUUCGCGGAGACCGAGUCAGCAUCGGAUGCCGACGUGACGAUCGGGUUCUACUACGGGGCGCACGGUGAUGGGGAGCCGUUCGACGGCGUGUUGGGGACGCUGGCACACGCGUUCUCGCCGACAGAUGGGCGGUUCCAUCUGGAUGCGGCGGAGGCGUGGGUGGCGGAGGGGGACGUGACGCGCGCAUCAUCCGACACGGCGGUGGACCUGGAGUCGGUGGCGGUGCACGAGAUCGGGCACCUGCUGGGGAUGGGCCACUCGGCGGUGGCGGAGGCGGUGAUGUACCCGACGAUCAAGACACGGACGAGGAAAGUGGAUUUGGCCCGCGACGACGUGGAGGGGAUCCAGCAGCUGUACGGGAGCAACCCGAAUUUUAAAGGCGUCGCACCGUCGACGACAGGGAGCAGCCCGGAGAUGGAGACCAGCGACGGCGGCGGCGGCGGCGCCGGCGGCGGAGGGAGGUGGGGGUGGAGGUGGCUGGUGGUAGUUGCGGCCGUUGGACUAGUCCGGGGAGAGUCGUUACUUCCGGGCACUUCUUUCUUUUGAUUUUUAGACAUACAUUUUUUAUUUUAAUUCUAAUUUAUACAUCAUUUUGGUUUUUAUUUAAUUCUUUUUUUGUGUGUAGUUAUGUAUGUAAUCAAUUUACGGUGUGGACAUUUUGACUAUUCGAUUUAGAUUGUUAACUACUACCCUUUUUUUC